AGACCCAACAAGACAGCAAGUGGAACUCGUCCCAUGACUUGUGAUCAGAGGCAAGGUAUCCACCGGACACAAGAGAAAUCAACAGCAACAAGACCACCUGAAGAAAUAGCUUGUGAGCAGUACCAACACCACUCCGUCCGAUCCUAGUGUUUUCGCGUUUCCUCAAGUGAAAGGAAGAACGAUCAUGUUCAUCAUAGAGAAGAACCGCGCCAAGAAUGGCAGAAAUGGCAGCUUAAAUAGAAACGUGAGAAAGUCCAACUUGGCAUCCCUAAUCUCUGUCGCCUUCAUGGCCAUGUUUCUUACUGCCGUUGUCUUGUGGCACGACGGAAGGAAGACAACACCCGCAAGAAGGAACACAUCGAACCGAUUUCUCACGGAUGUCGACGCAGACCAACCAACGCUGGACGACGACAACGCGAGGACCGCGACUUGUAAACGCUUUCUGAUGAAUUUUCUGAACGGAACGACGGAUUCCCACGAUCAAUGCCAGGCCUUUUACAACGCUUAUCGGUCGGCCGAUUGCGCACACGAAACCCAUGCCAACAUAUUUGGGGUUGAAAGUGCCGAUAAAGACAAUUCUUCGACAACGGAUGACGUGGGCAUCGAUGACUUUUUCGAGCAUUGGGAAUGCUGUGAUUCGAUCAAGGGAUACUACAACAACAACUGCGAGCACGAUUCGGGUGUUCACAGCCUGCAACUCCUGGGGGUUUUGCUCGUCUUUCUGGUCUGCACCAUGAUCAAGGCCAUGCUAAAGAAAUGGGACGUCAAUUGGCUUCCGGACGCGUGUGCUUUUAUUCUGGUGGGAACUUUUGUGGGUGUCAUGUUGCGAUUACUGGAUUCGCGUCUGGUACCAAAAUUGUCGUUCGACAACGAUUUGUUUUUGCAAAUCAUGCUGCCACCUAUAAUCUUUGAAGCCGCACUGAGUAUCGACAAGAAGGCCUUCCGCCGUGACUUGUUUCCUAUUUUGCUGUUUGCUGGAAUCGGGACCGCUUUCUCAUCGAUUGCAAUUGGCUGGAUGGUCCAUCGGGUUUCCAAUUUGGGAACGAACGGAAGCAACCUUCCGUGGCUUGAUUCCCUCGUUUUUGGAUCCCUGAUAUCGUCGAUCGAUCCGGUUGCUACACUAUCAAUCUUGAGCGGUGUAGGUAUUGCACAAACCGACACUUUGUAUACGCUCAUCUUCGGCGAAUCUCUGCUGAACGACGGUGUGGCAAUUGUCCUUUUUGAGGUUCUCAAGGAUCAUCUUGGUGAAGGGGAUUCCCUUGGGAACGACGCCUACAAGGAAAUGUCGAUGCAUUUUGCCACUGUUCUGUUUGGAUCGAUUGCCAUCGGAGCUGGUGUUGGUAUAUGCUGUACACUGUAUUUUUGGGCAUUGCGAGAAAAACAAAGUGCUGUCACGGAGGUGGGAAUAUUCUUUUGCUGGUCCUUGAUCCCAUACUAUAUUGCCGACGGAUUGCAUUGUUCGGGAAUCAUUGCCAUCAUGGUGAUGGGGUUCAUACUAGAUUUUUACGUCAUCGGAGGCGUGAACCAAGAACAACAUGCAUGGAGGGAGGUGCUACAGCAAGAGCACGAAAAUGCCACAAUGCAGAACACGAGAAACUAUAACUCUGUUUCAAAUCAGUUGAACCGAGUUCUAAAAGAUGCUUUUUCGGGAAAAGGUCACAUUCUGGAUGCAUCACGCAACCACGUGGGCUUUCUUGCCCACGUUGUUGCUAUGAUCAUGGAGACGGCUAUCUUUGCAUACCUUGGACUUUUUUUAUUCAAAGACAACGAAUGGAAUUCCAGGCUAAUCUUCACCGCGAUUGCAAGCUGCGUUUCCAGUAGAUUCUUCAUGGUUGUUAGCCUGAGUUUCUUGGUGAAUAUUGCUGUGUUCCUAGACUUUGAAAAUCGGAUUGGCAGCUGUAUAAAAUCUGUAAACCCGUUCCAAAGAAUAAAUUUGGCGGACGAUGACGAUUCAGUGGGCAGUCACACACGAAAGUACCUCGAUCGAAAGACACAAUUGGUUUUGUUGUUGGCGGGUGUUCGUGGUGCUGUGAGUUUCGCUCUUGUUGAAAAUAUUCCAGUAUGGGACAAUGUCAGCAAGACUGGAUCACAAUUCAAGGCAGAGUUGAAGGCCAUGACUUCUUCUUCGAUCGUUUUCACUCUUUUCGUGUUUGGUGCAUUGACCUACAUGGCAGUGAAACAUGACCCAGAAUCAGAUUCUGAUAGAGCACGGGCUGUGCUGUUAAAUCGUCUAUUAAACCAACCCAUGGAUGGCACGGAAUUGUCCGAGACACAGUUCGAACGUGAUGGCAGGAGUGGUGGGCACCACCAAAYGAUGUCGAAUGGACAGCAUGCCGAUGGGAGCAGAGGACCCCAAGAAGAACUCAAUGAUUCCGAUGCAGUGUACCAAAGCUCGAACGAAUGGAUAAGUUGAGACACUUGAUUUAUUCCCAUCUUUGCUCAUUAUCGAUGUAUGCAUUGAGUAUUCUGUAGUAUAUUAGGAUAUCAAGAAUGAAAUUUACUGAAGAAAACGUAAGUUACGCCAGCCAGUUUAAGACAUAAAGAUUCUAGAGAAGA